CUUCAUAAAGAAUCUGCAACAUAUUGGGUAUCAAAAGAAGUUAAAUUUCCCAUUAGUUACAUUGAAAAAAAUGUUCAAAUCAGAUACAAAUAUGCAAUAAUUCACAAGUCAUCAAGUGGAGGUGCAAUUGAGUUUGAGGGGUCUGAUGAAAGAAAUAAUCGAAUUCUAGAAAAUUUUACUGAAAACCAAUUUGAUAUUUGGUAUCAUAGCCAUUCAUAUAAAUUUUAUGAGAGAUUUAGAGAUUUUAGUUUCAUUAAAGUUAUACAUAAGUCCAUAACACCAGAAAAUUUUAAAAAUCAAGUAAUGGAAUAUCAAAAACUACUAAAAAAAUAUCCUAAAGUGAUUGCUACUUUUACUACAAUUGAAUUUAUUGAGGAGUGUAUGCCAAUUAGUAAAGAAAGAGAAAAGAAACUUUUCUUGUGUGUUUUGCUUGGUUAUUUUAUUAAUGAGCGAAAAAACAAUUCAAAAUUCAGUUUUUAUGAGUUGCCUAAUGACUUUGACUCAGGCACAUUAAUUGAUUCUUUGACAACU